UACGGCCACACCGCUCCGCUGUCUGACGGUGGCAAAGCUUUCUGUAUCGUCUACUCUGUGCUCGGCAUCCCCUUCACCCUCCUCUUCCUCACCGCCGUGGUCCAACGUAUCAUGAUCUUCAGCACCCGCCGGCCCGUCAUGUACGUGUCCACCCGCUGGGGCCUGUCCAAACCUCUGGUAGCCAUGGUCCACGCCACGCUCCUCGCCAUCCUGGCUGCUUCCUGUUUCUUCCUCAUCCCGGCGGCCAUCUUCUCCUCCCUAGAGGAGAACUGGAACUUCCUGGAGAGUUUCUACUUCUGUUUUAUAUCUCUCAGUACCAUCGGACUGGGAGAUUACGUACCAGGAGAGUCCUUCAACCAGAGGUUCAGACAGCUCUAUAAAGUGGGCAUCACUGGUGAGUGUUAACGUUUGUUUGCUUGAAUUUCUUUUAACCCACAAUGGGGCUGGUCUACCAAGAGUCCAUGAAAGGUUGAAGAAUGAUCCAGAACUGGGUUGUCAAAUUAAAGUGAACUCAAAUAACCAGAUAAAUAGAGAUGCAGCAACAUCCAACACCUUGAGGCUCUGGAUGCUAUUGGACAGGUUCGUCUUGCUCUUUAGAAGCCAAAAACCCAGAAGCCUUUGUCCUGAAAGAGAAGACAGCUCCUGGCUAAGAAGAGAGAAAAAUGAUAAUUUUAACUUAAUAUGGGGUCCUGUAUAUUUUAUGUGGAUUGCCUUCAGUACUUCUGGCAUGUAUUUGAAGUUUGGCCGACUCCGAGACAGGAGAAUCUUCACAUAUCUUUCCUGAACAUGCCCUCUUCCAUCAUCAGUAUAGUUAGUCACAUAGGAAAUAGACAAAAAGGCUUGGCAAAGCCCAUCAUUGUAGACGUCUAAAUUAAUGUAGACUGCAAGUGCUAUUUAGAGACUGUAGUUGAUCUAAAUUCUAGUUUAAAAUGAUUAUGACCAUAGUAAUGAUCAUGAUAAUAAUCAUCUAUUAUCAGGAAAACCAACACCAAAACCUUUCUACUGACUACAUGCUGCUUGCUGGGAUCAUCAGUGGUUAGAUUAGGUCACAGCAAUAGAAAACAAACAUUAUUGUGAGGUUAUGAUUUCCAUGCUAUGAACUGAGUCAGCUAAGGGUCUCAAUGAGCCAGUGAUGAGUUGGAGAAGAGGAGAAGAGGAGUUCUGCAGAUACCCUAUUCAGUAUUUAUAUAAUACUAUGCAUGUGAGGAUAUGAACGAUGGAGGGAGAAAGAUCAAAUGGCAAUAUUCAUGACCAGGGAUGUUCUCUCUCUUUCUCUCUCUCUUUCUUCUCUCUCUCUCUCUCUCUCUCUCGCGCUCUCUCUCUCUCUCUCUCUCACGCGCGCUCUCUCUUCUCUAUCUCUCUCUCUUCUCUCGCUCUCCAGUCUACCUCCUCCUGGGCCUGGUCGUGAUGCUGGUGGUCCUGGAGACGUUCUGUGAGCUGCAGCAGCUGAAGACCCUGAGGAAGAUGUUCUAUCUGAAGAAGGAGAAACCACAGGACCACUUGGCGAUACUGGAGCACGACCAUCUGGCCUUCACCUCCGUGUCCCACCGGAACAACUCCACCUCGCUCAGGGAGGACAAUACCUUCGUUAGUGUCCCCGAGCUGGCCUCGCCCGGCGGGGACGACCCCAUGAUCGGC